CGGCGGCCGCCGGGGGGGACGCUGCCGGCGGGGAGGGAGGCCGAGCCGGCCCGGCGGUGCGAGGGGCAGAUGGCGGAGGGCGGCCCCCCCGGCGGCGGGGAUCCGCCCGCCGCCUCAGGCGGGCAGGCAGGUCGUAACCUGAAGGAAUGGCUGCGGGAGCAGUUUUGCGAUCACCCCAUCGAGCACUGCGAGGAUACCCGGCUGCACGACGCGGCCUAUGUGGGGGACCUGCCCACCCUCAAGAGCUUGCUGCAAGAGGAGAGCUUCCAAAGCCGGAUCAACGAGAAGUCGGUGUGGUGCUGUGGCUGGCUGCCCUGCACGCCACUGCGCAUCGCCGCCACCGCUGGCCACGGCCCCUGCGUUGACUUCCUCCUCCGCAAAGGGGCUGAGAUCGACUUGGUAGAUGUGAAGGGGCAAACCGCCCUCUACGUGGCUGUGGUCAACGGGCACCUUGAGUGUGCCAAGAUCCUCCUGGAAGCCGGGGCUGACCCCAACGGUAGCCGGCACCACCGCAGCACCCCUGUCUACCAUGCAGCACGUGUGGGCCGGGCAGACAUCCUCCGGGAGCUGAUCAGGUACGGCGCAGACGUGGAUGUGAAUCACCACCUUGCUUCCCGGGUCCCCAGCCUCUCCCAGCGGCCCCUCACCACGCUGGUGGUCUGCCCGCUGUACAUCAGUGCUGCCUACCACAACCUCCAGUGCUUCCGGCUGCUGCUCCAGGCUGGAGCCAACCCGGAUUUUAACUGCUGCGGGCCCAUCAACAUCCAGGGCUUCUCUCGGGGCUCCCCGGUCUGUGUGAUGGAUGCUGUCCUGCGGCAUGGCUGUGAAGCGGCAUUCGUCCACCUCUUGAUUGACUUUGGAGCCAAUCUCAACCUGGUGAAAGUGGACGCCUUGGGGGUUGAAUCCACGGGAAGGGUCAAAGUCAACCCUGAGGCUCUGCAGGUGUUCAAAGAAGCAAGGGGCCGCACCCGGAGCCUCUUGUCUCUCUGCCGCAUAGCUGUACGAAGAAUACUUGGCAAAUCUCGUCUGGAUCUGAUCCAUAUCCUUCCAAUCCCAGACCCCAUUAAACAAUUUUUACUUCACGAACACAGUUAAAGGGCAACUGGCUGCUUUCCGGGACAGUUUGAUUUGGUAAAUGAGUGGGCUGAUAAAGCCAGGUGCCAAUCCUAACCCUUCCUCCACAGUGAAAUACUGUAUUGCUCAUGGAGUGCACAUAAUUCCCUGCCCCUGUGAUUUUCCCCUCCAAAUUUAGGGUGCAGUGAUUCUGUGUGUCUAUUCUUAAGCUACCGGUUAUCUAACUGGUGAUUUCUUCUUUGCAACUGGUUGGGCGAUGAGGCCAAUAAGCGCGUGUGGCUGUUACAUGAGCAAAUACAAUAUAUACUAUAGCUGUUAGCAUAUGUCUGUUUGUUAUGACUCUACCUCUGUUAUUGCUCUGUGUUACACACACCUUGGGUCUCAGCGGCACUUCUGCGUGGGGAGAGAGUCUGUGUUUAAGCCUUUCCUCUUCCUAGAGCAUCUAAAGGAGUCUCUCCUUGCCUUGGGAAGGGUUUUACAACAGCACUGUUCUCUUUCUGCUGUCAGUGCCUGGCCUUUCUCCUCCGUAUGAAGCCUGUGGUUGCUGUAAAAGCGGGUGUAUUUUCUUCUGUCCUCUUCUGGUGUGAAAUGCAUCAGGUUUCCUGUCCAGUGCCGUGCGUUACUUGGAAAAUUGUAUCCAUGUCUCUACGUGCUGCAAGGUAGCUGCUGACUUGGCUUUCUUUGUGUAGAGGCCCCGUCGCGCAGAUGGGAGAGUAGCAGAGUAUGUAAUCCUAUCCUGUCUGAGUCGUUUCUACAGAGCACCGGGUCUGCUGUGGCAGCUUGGCUUUCCCUCCAGCACUGUGAUGGACGAGGCAGGGGCUGGCCGGUCCUCCUCCCGACUGCCUGGGACUGGGUCGAGUCUCAUGACCGCUGCCAUAGCACGAAUGAGAAAAAUGUGGAGAGAAGAGGAAAAGGACUCGGAUGAAGCCAGCACGUGAACCUGAAAGAUUUCGGGGGUACUUUUUUUGAAAAAAAAAAAUGGCUAAAUUAAUCUUCUCUCACUGUAAAAUGGGUUUGAAUAUUUGGGAGUGACCAGGAGCAGCAGUGGAGGGGUUGCUAAAUUAAACUGUUGUGUUGCUGUGCCGGAUGGUAGUUGAUGCAAUGCCUGUGCAUAUAUCUGUGUGAUUAUGAAGAAAAAGACACCAAAAUAAUCUCUAGACUGCCUGCUUGCAACAUUGCAGUGAUUAUGUUACUGAAGGCCCAGUAAAGUAGCUGACAAUGCACAACACACAGAAAUAGAAGUUCCUACCUACCUUUUGCUCCAUAUCCCACGGUGGUGGUAUGACCAGAAAAAACCCUCCCAGAUCCACUUAGCAGGUCUUUUUGUUUGCAUACUGCUUCUACCAGCAUUGUGGAAAAGGGAGAAGAAAGGACUUGUCUUUUCUUGAAGCGUUAGGAGGUUAUGUACUUCUAAAUGCAGUGUUGCAUCCAGCAGCCUGGGCUCCUUUGAUUUCCAGUGCCUCUACGUUGCAGUUUACCUUCCUGUCACAAGCUCCCAGAAGAGCAUCAUUCUGCAGCGAGUUGACAGCCUUUCAUCAGGAUAUCAGGGUCAGCCAGCUCCUUAAAGAUAGCGACAUAGUCAUUGUGUAGGAAACACUGUCAAAAUAGCGACUUUAGAGGGUCAGAGAUGAUAGUCCCUCAGGAUGUUGGGUGAAAACCCAGGUAAUAAUUGGUACAUGCUUUUACUUUGCUGAUCCAAAUUCUUUCUAGUCCCUGUGUUAUAAGUUGAUUUUUUUGACAAUUUUUCUUUGCCAGUUGUUCUUCCCAUGCCCGUGUGGUCGGCAAGGGUAUUUUUCCAGAUGUAAUCCUAAAGAUGUUGGGGAUUUAUUUAUUGUAUGGUAUUAGUGCCUAGGAACCUAUUGUUGAGAGCGGAGUUAAGCCUGGGAUGGCAAGGACAGUAAGACAUCCCUUCCAGGAAUGGGAUCUAGCUCUGGUCGCUCUUCAACUUGACCCCCUGUGGUAGCAGGGCAGUGGGGUUAAGCUCCCAGUUUCAGAUGCCCUGGUUGUCCUGCCUCUAUAGGAGCAGAUCCUCAAGGCUGCCACAUAGACUUGCCCCAUGGAAUUACCGCAUAGGUCUUAACGCUAGUUACAAAAUGUUCUUUUUCCAGAGGCGUAAAUGAUUGCAAAAUCAUUUUCAGUUUCUGGCCCGCUACGGGAUGUAUUUAGGGUGGAGUUCAAUAAGAAACGAUGGACUUCCUUAUAUGUUUCAUUAUCUGCUGAAGAACACGUGCCUUUCCAAUAUGCUUUCAGAGAAGGAGGAAGGGCAGGAGAAAACACAGUUCCUGAUCGUUUCCAGUUAUUUUGGUUCCACGGCCAGGCCUGGAAGGUCCUAAGGUGGCAAAAUUUGCACUGCUGAGAACAGGCUAAAGUGUGGUGGUUACACUAGGUGCUCAGAUACCAAAGCAAAGGAUACUUUCAAAACCCUCAUCAGGUGAGAUGUAAUGGCAGGGAUAUAUAGCCGUAGGCGUGCUUUCAAGGUGAGAAGGCAGCAGAAUUGCACUGUUUCCUUUUCAGGCUUGCAGAUGGUUUAGGUUUUCACCGUGCUGGAGGCCAGGGCAGCCCAUGAACAUGUUGCCUGAGAGUUGUGUGCUUGCUUUAUAGAAGUGUUAACAUGCCUGAAAGAUGCAAACAGGUUGUAAAGCCUCUUCUCACCUUGCUGGUGGAACCAUAAUGUUUUGCAGGAGCAUGGGCCGAAUAUGCUCUCUAGCUCCAGUGUAUAGAGGCAGAAAAUGAGGUACAUUGUCUUGAGAAAAUGCCAUGGCAACAACUUCUUUGGGUUCACUUUUUUUGCCCCUUGAUUUUUACUUGUUCGUACAAUUUUGCAAACUGGUCACCCAUUAGUGCCUUUUGGGUGAAGGUGGUAGGAUGGAUGCGGAAGGCAUAUAGUCCUUUGGAGAGAGCUGGCUCCACCUGGAACGAGCUACAGUGAAAUGCCACGGCAUGGAUGACACAGAGUGGCCCACAGAAAUUCGGACAAUUCAGUUGUUAUGGGCAUGAUUAACUCAGUGCCUGAUGUAACUCAAUUGUAUCAUUAAAGCUAAGCCUCUACAGAUGACCUGUUACAAUUUUCAUUAUAGCUGCCUUCUGUGUUUGGUCUGUUGACCGUUGUGCUCUUGCCUGACGCUGUCCUACAGUGUGUUUAUGGAUAUCCUACCAGUCUAGCAACAGUGCUCCCUCCCAGAACCGUAACUCCCCUGAGUGAAAUUGAGAAGAGCACCCUCUUCCCAUGCACAGUCGAUACUUGGUACUGAUACAGUUCCUUGUAGGUCCCACUGGUAAGCUCAAGCCACACUGGGGGUGAGGACUUUGGCCUCUGUUAGUUUACCAUUCUUUAUUUAUAGUUUGAGGUAUGAUGGUUGUGGUGCUCCAACAGUCUGCUGAACUUUGUGCGUUUGGGUAGUUCUUUUGACCUCAAGCCACAGGACUACAUGGGUCUUCAAAUCCAACCGAUGUGGAGUCCAAGGGAUUCCACUGAUCACGGGUACCUCCAGCCCUGGAUCCACAAGUUGAAGGACGGUUCUCCUGACCCAAGAGCAAACAAGGUUGAAGUUUAGCAAUCACUUGGACAUUUGCAGAAUCAAAGCUUUGAAGGGACAUUUUCCCUCGGCUACGCAUCAAAUCCCAUCUUAACUGAGGGACUGUGCCUCCUGCAAAGGUCUCGGUGGUAAACCUGGAUGGUCUUUCUUGUGGCUUGAGGGCCUGAAGGGAGCCUAGCUCAGAGGGACAACUCACAUAAUAUUAAGCUGUAAGUGCAAAGACUGCUCUUGGAGUAAGUCCCUGUGCACGUUGGUUGCUGAGGCUACAUGAACCCAGCUUUGCCUAAAAGUGGUUUAGUACGCAGGCUUGGAAGAUCUGGAAUUUUCAUUGUAGAGAGAUAAUAAUGAAUCUUAAAAUAGAUUUAUGAUAUUCAUAGACCUUGGUGUCCUGUCGGGCUGAAACCUAUCUCCUCUGGCUGUCCCUGUCCUUUUAAGCCCAAGAAACAACAGUCUUCCGAUAUGAAAUCUGAGUAAUAUGUGCAUAUUAUAUAUCGUCACACUAUAUAAACAGCAUUUAUUUUUGCCUUAACUCGGACUUCACCAUUUCCUCCUAUGUAGCAAAACAUUUUCUUUUCUAAAGGUAUUCUUUUCCAUGUUGUCCACGGGGCAUGCUCAGAUAGAACAAACGAGUAUCAUGAAGUCAUGGGUGGAAAAUGAAACAUUUCUGCGGUGUACAUCCCCUAUAUUGAAGAAUGGCUAUUUUAUUUGUGCAUAAUACAUAAAGUGUGCAUUGUGUGGCCUUGCUGUAAGCUUGGGUGGGACGGGAUAACAAGAUUUGGAAAAUGGUUAAAGAACCGAAACGGGUCUGGAAUAAGCAAAGCAGAACCAAGGCAGUCUUUUUCAUGCGGGCUUUCUUCUUGCCUUCGUUGCUAUAGGGGAUUUCCAGCACGAAAUGCCGGUAGCUUGUCCCCAAAUAUGAUUUCCCGUUCUUUGGGAGUUGUGCAAAAGGCAGAGGAACAGCAUCAGUUGGGUUGAAGUGUUGUUGUUGUGUUUGUUUUUUUCUUUUUUAUUUUUUUUCCCUGUCCCCAAAGUCAAGUAAAACACUUUUUACACCAAAACCAUCCUUUGAGGUACCGUAUUUCUUUAGCCCUUCAAGAAAGCAGCAUAAGAACCUGCCCAGGCCAGAGUAGAGGUGACAGAGUCCCACUUCAAGAAGCGCUCAUCAGUCGUCUGUUAGUUUUACUUGGCGUAAAACGAUUGUGCAGAUCACGAUCGGAUCCGAGAGCAGCAAGGAGGUAUCGGUGGUGGGGCUGGAUCCACGCGUACCUGAAUAAAGAUGUUCCAGUGC